UGAAGGGUGUGGCUCUGGAGAAGUAUAGAAAGAAGCUGCUCGUCCCAGACAGGAAUAGAGCUGGUUAGCCCAUUACUGCUCUGUGUCCACAGAGUCCAAAGAAACUUAGGCCCUUUGGGACAGAUUUAUUUUUUUCGCCUGGGAAAAGAGCACCGGACUGAAGACAAUGGCCUGGUGGAAAGCUUGGGUUGAGCAAGAAGCUAUCACUGUGAAAGGCAGCCCCCACUUUAACCCUGACCCUGAUGCUGAAACUCUGUACACGGCCAUGAAAGGAAUUGGAACCAACGAGCAAGCCAUCAUUGACGUUCUCACCAAGAGGAGCAACACACAGCGGCAACAGAUCGCUAAAGCGUUCAAGUGUCGGUAUGGAAAGGAUCUGACUGAGACCUUGAAAUCUGAACUGAGUGGCAAGUUUGAGAGACUUAUCAUAGCUCUCAUGUACCCACCAUACAAAUACGAAGCCAAGGAAUUACACGAUGCCAUAAAGGGCAUAGGAACCAAAGAAGGAGUCAUCAUUGAGAUCUUGGCAUCUCGGACCAAAGCCCAGCUUAGGGAAAUCAUGAAAGCUUAUGAGGAAGAAUAUGGUUCCAACCUGGAAGAAGAUAUUAAAUCAGACACCAGUGGAUACCUGGAAAGAAUCCUGGUCUGCCUUCUACAAGGCAGUAGAGAUGAUAUGAGUGGUUUUGUGGAUCCAGGACUGGCACUCCAGGAUGCACAGGAUCUCUAUGCAGCUGGAGAAAAGAUACAGGGUACUGAUGAGAUGAAAUUUAUCACCAUCCUUUGCACCCGGAGCGCCACCCACUUGAUGAGAGUGUUUGAUGAAUACCAGAAAAUUGCCAACAAGAGCAUCGAAGACAGCAUUAAGAGUGAGACCCAUGGUUCCCUGGAGGAGGCGAUGCUCACUGUGGUGAAGUGCACCAGGAACAUUCACCGUUACUUUGCAGAGAGGCUGUACUGUUCCAUGAAGGGAAUAGGAACUUGGGAUGGUACCCUGAUCCGAAAUAUUGUUUCAAGGAGUGAGAUCGACUUAAAUCUCAUCAAGAAUGAGUUUAAGAAGUUGUAUGGGAAGUCUCUUUCUAGCAUGAUCAUGGAUGACACUAGUGGAGACUACAAGACAGCUCUGCUGAAUCUGGUUGGGAAUGACUCCUGAAGCUUUCAGAGGCAGAAGAGAAUAUCAGAAAUGGGAAUUAGAAUUACAGGAUACCAUUAUUGUCAAUACUGGGGAAAUCACAUCCAACAAGCUUUUAUUUACAGAGUUUCUAUUUUCUUUGUUGUUGUUGUUGUUGUUUUACAAAAUCUCCAACCUUUUCAAGCUAAUAUUUCAAGCAGUUGGAAUCAAAUAUGUCGCUCUAUCUUCCCAGCACAAGAGAAGAGCCCAAAUUCUAUAUCAGGCUGAAUAAGGAAACCUAAGGGGCUCAAUUAAGAACUGGUACUAAAUACAAUCACAAUACCGUGAUUGUGAAACUAGCCACAUGUCUUGAAUCUGAUAGAAUUAAAUCAUUUAGUUCAAGGCAAAUUAUCACAAGAUUUAAUUAGGAAUGACUGAAAACAGAACACAAUUUUAACAAUUUAAAAUAUUAUUAGUUGGUUAUCACCAGUAUCUUUAAAAAAAAACCAUCCUCAUCUAGAAAUUCUGGGAGAUCAGAGGAUACUAAAUUUCAUGACAUGAGAAGCUGAAGUUGAUCUAUCAUAUUUGCCAAAUCAGCUGCUCCUGGGGAGACUGAAAGCCGGAUAGGGAUAGAGCAGAGAAAGGUGUUGCCAGAGCCCAAUAGCAAUUGUUGACAGCAAUUAAAUUCCUAGGAAGACUCAAUGUAUUUGCGAUAGGUGGCCCUCUCUGUUGGAGAACUUCUGAAUUCUUUGUUGUAUUUUGCAAAUUAAUAAAGAUUUGUAUAUUAAAACCUAA